AUGUAUCAACAACAAUCGAGUGGGCCUCCGUUCAGAGACCCCCGUCUAGCACAGCGGCGGCCGUUGUUCUACCUGAGCCGCCCGCGUGGGAUUCAAAAUGGUGGCAACGGCGGCCAUGGUAGCCAUCAGCAGGCUGCCGGUGGGGAGGUGAGAACACAGAGACAGCCUCCGACGGCGGCCGCCGUGCAGGGCAGAGACGGCAGAGACGGCCUCCACGGCGGCUCAAUCAGGUCUCAAUUGCCUCAGGAUUCUUCAAUAACAAGACCCCAAGAGAACCCCCAGAACACCUCACCCACGCAAGAACAGAACCUUGAGCUGGUGACCUACAUUUCCGAAAACUUCGGUACCCUGCAACAGCUGCUCUCCGACUUCACAGAUCGGUAUGUAUAUUCGCCAGGAAGUGGCCACUAG